AUGUCGGCGCCCGCCGGGCUGCCGCCGCGGCCCUCGGCCGGCGCGGCCGUCUACGCGGGCGGCCCCGCGGAGGCCGCGGCGCCGCAGGCCGGCGCGCUCCGCCGCCACAACGGUCCUGUGCGGAGUCCAAUGCAGUUUCCCGCUGGCUAUGGCUUACAUCCUCCAAACUAUAGCGUGCCCUCAGGACACUAUUCACAAGUGCCCAAUAAAGCUGUUUCUCCACAUUUGGAUAAUCAGUAUAGAGCCAGUUACCACUCUACUUACUAUUCAGCACCAGCACAAAAUGUUAUGACACCACCUGUGGGUACCAACAUGUUGAAUACACAAGAAUCACAGCAGUUAUACAACAAAACUUCUCCCCAGACAGCCGAGUCAACGGAAGGACUUAUUCGAGGAGCAGUAUCAUCUGCAUCCUACUUGCAUACCAGUGCUCAACAGUCGUAUUCAGCAUUUGGUAAUCACUACAGCACUUCUGUCAGCUCUUCAGUUGCUUCUCAGGGAUUUCCCCUUAAUUCUGAUCAUUACACCAUGCCUGUGGUUUCUAGUGCUAUGUAUCCUGUUUCUUACCCUUCUGCGGCUAGUGACAGUGUGUAUGGGCAGGCAUAUAUCUCUCAGAGCCUGCCUGGUGUUGGACAGUUUAAACAGACAAGUGCAUUUUCUAGCCAGAGUACAGCAGUACCUCAUUCACUUCAACAACAUGUUCCUGUGGGAUAUAAUUCAACAUUGCCAGCUAUUUCAUCUGCUCAGUCCGUUCAAGACAGCCUGAGCAGAAAUCUCUCUGGAUUGCUGGCUAAAACAAACAACCAAAUAAAUACAGGUGGCAUUGAUUCUUUACAGCCUGCACAGUCUGUAAGCCAGAAGGCUCAGUAUACUAAGCCUGGAGUUGGAACAUCUGUUUCCUCAGCUGCAGUCUCCUCUGGGAGGACACCUACUCCAGGCCUUUCUCCAGAGCCAAGGUCUACGCCCUCAGUUACACAGUCACCAGAGUCAGCCCUUCAGAAAGGCAUGCAGUAUGGUGGAUAUGUUAAUAAUCAAGCUAGCUCUGCACCAGCUCCCUUGUCAUCAAGUUCAGAUGAUGAGGAAGAGGAUGAGGAGGAUGAGGAAGCAGCAAUUGAUAGUUCCUCUACUACUAGCAGUGCCUCUCCUGUUCUGAACAAUUAUGAUGCCCUGGAAGGAGGUGGCUAUCCAGAGACACGCUCUGUGACCAGCAGCCCAGUUCCUGCUCCUUCAGUUCCCCAGACAUCAAAAACAUCUAAGCCCUUUGGUUAUGGAUAUCCAGCACUGCAGCCUGGUUACCAAAAUGCAACAUCACCUGAUCCUGUACAGCCCAGUAAUUCAGGCCACCAUCCUGGACUUCAGCACUAUCCACAGCAAUAUACAGGUGUGAACCAGCUGUCCUCUUCCUUAGGAGGAUUAAGUCUGCAGCAUUCUCAGCAGCCAGAAGGUUUGAGACCAGUAAACCUUACACAAGAUAGGAAUAUUUUGCCUGUUUCUUCAGUUCCAGCGCCUGUGCCUAACUUGAACUCUGAUCUUAGGAAAUUAAACUGCAGUCCAGACUCAUUUCGAUGCACAUUGACAAAUAUUCCACAGACGCAGGCUCUGUUAAACAAAGCUAAGCUUCCUUUGGGUUUGUUGCUACAUCCCUUUAGAGACUUAACGCAAUUACCAGUAAUAACAUCAAGCACAAUAGUGAGAUGCAGAUCCUGCAGGACAUAUAUCAACCCAUUUGUUUCUUUCAUUGAUCAAAGGAGGUGGAAAUGCAAUCUGUGCUAUAGAGUUAAUGAUGUUCCUGAAGAAUUUAUGUAUAAUCCUCUGACACGAUCUUAUGGAGAGCCUCAUAAGCGGCCAGAGGUCCAAAAUUCUACGGUGGAAUUCAUUGCUUCCUCAGACUAUAUGCUUCGUCCUCCUCAGCCUGCAGUGUAUUUAUUUGUUUUAGAUGUGUCUCAUAAUGCAGUGGAAGCUGGAUAUUUGACAAUAGUCUGCCAGUCAUUGCUGGAAAACUUAGACAAGCUGCCUGGAGAUUCAAGAACAAGAAUAGGGUUCAUAACAUUUGACAGUACUGUUCAAUUUUACAACCUGCAGGAGGGUUUAUCUCAGCCUCAAAUGCUGAUUGUCUCAGAUAUUGAUGAUAUUUUCCUGCCUACACCAGAUAGUUUACUUGUAAAUCUCCAUGAAAGCAAAGAGCUGAUAAAAGAUCUAUUAAGUGCAUUACCAAAUAUGUUCACCAAUACAAGAGAAACAUAUAGCGCACUGGGCCCUGCGCUUCAGGCUGCAUUUAAACUGAUGUCUCCAACGGGUGGUCGGAUAUCUGUAUUUCAGACUCAGUUACCGUCUUUGGGUGCAGGGCUUUUGCAUUCCAGAGAAGAUCCCAAUCAAAGAUCAAGCACAAAGGUGGUCCAGCAUCUUGGUCCAGCAACAGAUUUUUAUAAGAAGUUGGCAUUGGACUGUUCAGGCCAACAGACUGCUGUGGAUUUAUUUCUCUUAAGUUCACAAUAUUCUGAUCUAGCUUCUCUUGCUUGCAUGUCCAAAUACUCUGCUGGAUGCAUCUAUUAUUAUCCAUCUUUCCAUCAUAGCCAUAAUCCUGCUCAGGCUGAGAAAUUUCAGAAAGACCUGAAAAGAUACCUUACAAGGAAGAUUGGAUUUGAGGCAGUUAUGAGAAUACGAUGUACAAAAGGUCUUUCAAUACACACUUUUCAUGGGAAUUUUUUUGUACGAUCAACUGAUCUCUUGUCACUUGCCAAUGUCAAUCCUGAUGCUGGAUUUGCAGUACAAAUGUCCAUUGAGGAAAGUCUGACUGACACAUCUUUGGUUUGUUUUCAAACAGCUCUUUUGUAUACUUCUAGCAAAGGUGAACGGCGAAUUCGAGUGCACACACUUUGCUUGCCUGUAGUCAAUUCACUGGCUGAUGUAUAUGCAGGAGCAGAUGUGCAAGCAGUUGUAUGCCUCUUAGCAAACAUGGCUGUGGAUCGCUCAGUUUCAUCUAGUCUUGCAGAUGCAAGAGAUGCCUUAGUUAAUGCUGUGGUAGACUCCUUGGCAGCAUAUAUGUCAACUGCUUCAAAUCUGCAGCAAUCUAUGCUGGUAGCACCAAAUUCCCUCAGGCUGUUUCCAUUGUAUGUUUUGGCUCUUCUCAAACAGAAAGCAUUUAGAACUGGCACUAGCACACGCUUGGAUGAUCGUGUAUAUGCAAUGUGCCAGAUGAAGAGUCAGCCUCUUGUUCAUCUGAUGAAAAUGAUACACCCCAACUUGUACAGGAUAGACAAAUUGAUAGAUGAGAGUGCGAUACAUGUAAACGACAAGGUUGUUCCCCAACCACCUCUUCAGAAGUUAUCUGCGGAGAAGCUGACAAGAGAAGGAGCUUUUCUAAUGGAUUGUGGAUCAGUAUUUUAUAUUUGGAUUGGAAAAAAUUGUGAUAACAACUUCAUAAAAGAUGUCCUUGGAUAUCCAAACUAUGCAUCAGUACCAUUGAAAAUGACACAGCUUCCUGAGGCAGAUGCACUUUCUUCAGAAAGGACACGGUCUUUUAUAUCCUGGCUUAAAGAUAGUAGACCUUUAAGUCCAGUUCUUCAAGUAAUAAAGGAUGAGAAUCCUGCCAAAACAGAUUUUUUUCAACAUCUAAUUGAAGAUCGGACAGAAGCAGCUUUCUCUUACUAUGAAUUCUUACUUCAUAUUCAACAGCAGAUUUGUAAGUGAAGGAGGAAUAAACUAGAAGAAAAAUCCUGUCCUCAGAUAGAAGCGUUGGCUGAGUAAGAAGCACAUGGGAAGUUAAAAAGUGGGUGUGUGUUCUUCAUAAUAUACAGUGACCAACACUGUUUCAGAAGCUUUACAGCUAAACAGAAAGUACACAUUUCCAGUGGAAUUUUGCAGACUUGCUUCAGUCUAAAAGUGAUAGGAGUAAUGAAGCUGUUUCGCUAGUAAACGUAUAAUUGGUUUAUACACGUUUCCAGUAGUGCAGCGGUAUGGUGCUCUGUUUAUUGCAAGCUGGUGAAUUUAUGUAGCUAUGUGGGAUGAUAUUUCUUAAUGAAAUGUACAAUUAGAUAAAGCCUUUUUUCUUAUAUUUAUUAUAAUAGCCCUUCCACAUUCAAACUCUGUCAGAGAUUUCAAAGGGCAGUGAUGUAUGUUGUUUAUAUGAAUUUCUUUAUAAAAGGAAUGAUUCAUAUUUACUAAAGACUUCAACAAAUUCUCUGUGAAAGUUGUAGAGUUUCAGUGAAGUACAUAAACUGUAGAAAUAAAAAAUACAAUGUACAUAAGUGUUACAUUUGUAAAGAAAAUGUAAAAAUGUAACUAAAAAAAGACAUAGCUCAAUGUGCAGAAUUGUUGAGUGCAAAAUGAUGAAUUGUUUUGUCCCAAGUUAGAUAAUGAAGUUGACUAUUAAUAUAUAUAUACACUAAAAAGUAAGAAUCCAUGCAGAAAUAACACAGCUUCUUGUUUGGUUAUUUUUAGGUGAAUUUAUUUAUGAUUGGCUACUAAUUAAAAAUAUUUUGCUUUAUCACGUGUUUUUUAUAUUUAUGCAAGUAUGUUUUAGUUUUAAUGACUGAACUCCUACUGAACUGAACAUUGAAGAGAACAUGUUUACCACUUUUUUUCACAGACCUCUGGAAGGGAAGAGAAAAUAUUUAAUAGUUUGAACAAUUAAUAGUUAAAGCUCCUAAAACACCUUGUGUAUUAUCCUAAAUAUCUGUUAACAUUGUUUUACAUUUUGUAAUCUACUGUAGUCUUGGUCUAGCUUUCUGUAAAUUGUUUUGUUUAGCAUUUAGAGUAAGCAUGGGUAAUCACUGAAUUGGAUAUGAUGUUAUUUAUACUGUGAUUAAAAAAAAAAAAAAAGUAUAAAAAUGCAUUCCCUUGUUACAAUGAAAGGAAAUGCUGUAAAAUCUCAAAUUUCAAGAUGUAAUCACACCGCUGUCUUUCAAAAAGCUUGUCCUUGCUAAUGUUUUUUGUAACUUAGUGGUUUUGGUUUUUGAAUAGAUUUAUCCCAGAAUUUAAAAUUUGGUUGUUAAGGAAAAAUUGAGAUGGUUUGGUUUUGUUUCUUUAGAGGCACACUAGAAAUAAUUCAAAAGUCAGUCAGUCAUAUGACAUAUUCUGAACUUUGUCAUUUGUUUGGUUUAAUCAGGUGUGGCUAUAACAAAAUAAUUAAGUACCAAAAAGUAAAUGGUAUUUAGUAUUAUUAAUUUUAUUUUUUACUGCAGUCUUUAAGAUGUUAACAUGUUACAAUUGAACUUUAACUACCGUAUCCCCUGAAAAUGGUACUUGAAUAUUGAAGAGAAAAUGUACUACUGUGGUUUGCAAAUGUUUUAAAAGUUACACUAAUUAAAUUGUGAAAGUGGUGGUGUUCUACAUGUUAGCACCAAAUCACUGUUUGGGGGAAAAGAAACUUAAAUUGGUAUCUUGUCUUUAACUAAAUGUUUUAAGUUUCCCAUAGAUUAAUUUGGAGAAACUUCCAUUUAGUGAUUUAAUUUAUCAUGUAAUAUCUGUGGAGAUGCUAGAUGCUGAAUGUCAUUAAAUCAGACCAACAAGAUUGUAACUACAUUCUUUCUCUUAGAUAAUCUCACAUAUGAAUGAAAGCUAGGUGCUGCUGAAAGUCAGGAAUCUUAAAGAUCAUCUGGAAUUGCUAAGAUCAGAAGAGUAUGUUACAAUUUUAAAUGUUUCAGAUUAUACACUCCUGACAUGUGAGCUUGGUGUUGAAUAUCUGGAAACAUGCUAUGCCACGAUUAAUGACAAUGUAUUCUGUAAAAAAACAUUACAUAAAGUUUUAUUCUUCUAUGGUUUUUGUAUAUGAAAAUUAUGAAAAGUACAUCUGAGAGCUAUUUGUUUAGUAAAAUCUAUACAGUGUGGAGAA